AUGCCUACAGUGGUGACUAACGAGUCCUCUCUCUUGCAAACAACCGUGAGUGUUGCACCAUUGGUGCUUUUAUCUGUUGUUGAUCACUACGAACGAGUGGUGCAGGCACCCAACGCCCCAACUAAUUCAAACGACAAAAGAGUCGUGGGGGUCAUUUUGGGAGACAAUACAAACAAGAACUUGAUCAAGGUAACCAACUCAUUUGCCAUCCCGUUUGAAGAAGACGAAAAGAACAGGGAUAUUUGGUUUUUGGAUCACGACUUCAUCGAAUCGAUGAUGGAAAUGUUCAAGAAGAUUAAUGCCAAAGAAAGACUUAUUGGAUGGUACCACUCUGGACCAAAGUUAAAGUCAUCUGAUCUACAAAUCAACGAGUUAUUCAAGAGAUUCACUCCAAAUCCUUUGCUUUUGAUUGUGGAUGUAAAUUCCACCGAUAUAGUCGAUAUUCCUACAGACUCAUAUUUGGCAAUUGAAGAAAUUAGAGACGAUGGCUCAAGUGCAGAAAAAACGUUUAUCCAUUUACCAUCCAUCAUCCAGGCCGAAGAAGCAGAAGAAAUUGGAGUGGAGCAUCUUCUGAGGGAUAUCCGAGACCAGGCGUGCGGAAAUCUGUCCAUAAGAUUGACUAACAAUUUCAAAUCGCUGAAGUCUUUAAACGAUCGCAUAGCCAACAUUGUCCAAUAUUUGCGCAAGAUUUUAAGUGGAGAAUUACCAAUAAAUAAUGUAAUUCUUGGAAAAUUACAGGACAUAUUCAACUUAUUGCCCAACUUGGUUGCCGUUCAAGGUGAUCCCACAAAACCAGCCACUGCAAGUGCUAACCAACUAGCCACAUCAUUCAAUGUGAAGACCAAUGAUGAAUUAAUGAUGGUUUACAUCUCCAGUUUAGUAAGAUCCAUCUUGGCUUUCCAUGAUUUGAUCGACAAUAAGAUCGAGAACAAGAAGAACAACGAGAAAGAUAAGGAAUUCACACCAACAGAGGAAGAACCCCAACAAGCGGCUAUAGAAUCGAAAUAA